GAAUAUCGGCUAAACUCGUUGGUUUCCGUGAGAAGACACGAAGCACACGACUGUACCAUGACUGUACCGGAGCUCCACCAUUGGCUCCGUCCAUCCGCCGGGGAAGGAGGCGGGGGCGAGCUAUUGAAAGACGGCAGGGGCCGUGUUGACACUUAAAAACCGAGACAAGACGACCCCCAGGAUCCACACGGGCCUACCUAUGUUACAUUCCCACCGUGUAAUGAUGUCAGGCGAAAGAGGGAGAGCGCCCGAGAGUUUGUUUUAACACCGGGAGAUGUUGCGGACGGCGCGCGGACUGCGUGACAGCACGACUCGGUGUCGAGGCGGAGCGGACGUUUUCACAGGUUGAUGGUUUGGCUGAAGAAGAAGUAAAUACACGGCGCUAGGCUCUAUAGGCAGUUCGCAGAAACCGAACACGGGCUUAUGUCAAAGGGACGAAUAGGCGGUGCCUGCUAAUUCCUGGAAUCAGACCUCCAACCAGAAUGACACAAGCACCGCGGGCAGGUUGGGGUUUAUCCGCUGAAGUUGACGCUCAGACUUGGCCAACACGCAGCAGCGUGUAGGAGGUUUGUCUGCUGUACACAUUUAACAGAUAGCCAAUCAAAUCUGUUAUUCAAAUCGGUGCUCUUAUGUCAGUGACCUAUAUCUCAUGCAUGUGCGCCAAGAGCCCACAGUAACCUCUCCACCAGUCCAGACAGCAUGGAGAUCAACGGGUUAGACAAUCAAGCACAGCCGUCCAGCGCUGAGCCCGGGACGGAGCAGCCGGCUCCGGCUCCGCAGAUGGAGCCCGGCGAUGCUCCCCGAGAAGCAGGCAAGAGCGAGGGGGACCAGGCGGCGGAGAGCGAGGGGAAAAUCGCGAAGGAGGACAGUGACGUGCAGCUGAUCGAGGCCGGGCGCAAGCCGCCCCUCUCCCCGGCUCCGGAGCCCGAGGUGGGCGUCCAGGUGGAGAGGCACGACCACGGCGCCGGAUUCGUCCCCCCAGAAGGGGGCUUCGGUUGGCUUGUGGUUUUCGCCGCGACCUGGUGCAACGGGUCGAUCUUCGGGAUCCAGAACUCUUUCGGCAUCCUCCACAUGAUGCUGGUGAAGGAGCACGAAGAGCUAAACGACCCGACGUCUCAGUUCAAAGCGGCCUGGGUCGGGGCCUUGGCCAUGGGCAUGAUCUUCUUCUGUUCACCUGUGGUCAGCAUGUUCACGGACCACUUCGGCUGUAGGAAGACCGCUGUUGGUGGUGCAUCCCUGGCUUUUAUUGGGCUGCUUAGUACGUCAUUUGCAAACUCCUUGACCCUUCGUUACUUCACAUAUGGCGUGUUGUUCGGCUGUGGCUCCUCCUUCGCCUUCCAGCCCUCGUUGGUCAUCCUCGGCCACUACUUCCGCAGGCGCCUGGGCCUGGCCAACGGUGUGGUGACGGCCGGUGCCAGCCUCUUCUCCAUGGGCCUCCCAGCUUUCCUCAAUAUCGUGGUGGAACCUCUGGGCCUCAGCAGAACCUUCCAGAUCCUCAGCCUCUUAAUGCUGGUCCAGGCCCUGCUGGCGCUUACGUUCAAACCUUUGCUCCCCCCUGGGGGAGGCAUGGGCCCACCAGGUAUGGGCCCUGGCCCUUCUGAUUCGCAGACCCAGGCUACCGCUCCAGCUGGGAGCAAGUGGAGCAGGGCCAUAGCAAGGGUCAGGAAGUACUUCAACCUGCGUGUUUUUCACAUCGUGACAUACCGUGUGUGGGCUUUUGGAGUUGCUACAGCUGUAUUGGGCUACUUCGUGCCAUAUGUCCAUCUGAUUUACUUUGUGAAGGAGCAGUUCAAGGAGCCCCAACAGGAAUGGGUGCUCCUGGUUUGUAUAGGAGCCUCAUCAGGGGUGGGACGCCUUGCUUUUGGCAAGAUCGGGGACCUCAUUCCUGGUUUACAGAAGAUCUAUAUGCAGGUGGUCUCCUUCAUGGCUCUGGGCCUGAUGUCCAUAAUGAUCCCUCAGUGCACCGUGUUCAAGUGGCUGGUGGUUGUGUGUGUGUUCUUGGGGCUGUGUGACGGAUGCUUCCUCACCAUGAUGGCUCCAAUAGCCUUCGAGCUGGUCGGGCCCAUGCAGGCCUCACAAGCCAUAGGCUACCUUCUAGGCCUCAUGUCCCUCCCCAUGACAGCAGGUCCACCCAUUGCUGGUCUCCUGCAUGACUACUUUGGGAACUACACGGUGGCCUUCUAUCUGGCUGGGGUGCCUCCUGUGGUGGGGGGCGUGGUGCUGUUCUUUGUGCCCCUGAUACACCGCAGGCUCCAGCGAGGCCAGUCGUCCCCAGAGGAGACGUCCACCACUGCUCACAUGUUGCCCACUGCCCAAACACCCGAGGAACCCAAGAGCUUUUCAAACGGGGACAUGCUGCCUGGCUACACUGACGUAGAGACACACAUCUGACUCACAUCUUAAAAAGGGAUUCAGCCCACCAGCACCUUUUCUCAUCAUUAGAUUACCCUCCUCUCAACCAGAAGUCUCAACUGUCGACUUCCUGUUGGCUGACCUUUUAACCUCCCACUGUUGGCUGUUUGCUUUUAUUUAAUGCGGAGUAAGUCGAGAAGAACACCGCUGGCUACGAGCCACAAAGAGGACGAGAAGAAGGCGAUCCCCGUUGGAUGAUGGAGGAGUAUAAGCACAACAUAGUCUCCACUACAAUCGCUUUAUCAGUCGGGACUCUGUCGUAACACAUACCUCCAAGAGGAAAGAAGUGAAGACGUGCUAACUGAAAGGUGGUAGUUUCUGAUUUUGCAGCAUUUAUCUUGCUACUUUAGCUUUUGAAGCUAUAAGAAAAUACUCUGAUUUUAGAUUCUUUAUAAACAUAAACAUAAAGUUGAAGAGGCAUAUAAGAUAAGAACCAGUGAAGGGAUAAAUUCACAACUUCUUCAUGUAGUACCUCAUUGAUUUAUUACUUUUUUUUAACACCGUGCAUUUAAUUUAGUUUGUGUAGCUGAAACUCGUAUUGACUUAUUCACAGGUUUGUUAUAUUCACCUGUAGUCUACUGUUGGGAGUUUUGUGCUGUGACAGCUGAACAUUUUUUUUUAAAUGUCACGAGAGGUAAUAGAUGAUUCUUCUGACAGAUGAGCCACCAGACACAAUCACCUCAACUCAACUGCACACUAGUCUUAGACCUUGGCUGUACUCUGUACUCACAGCCAGGCUCUAAAACUUAAUAACGUCGAUUUCUUUGCCAGUAUGGCCGCAUGGGAGACAGAUGUGUGGAUUGUGGCAGCUGCUGAUUCCGCUGAUUCGUAUGCAGCCAGGGUGAUAGAUCUUUUAACAGUUUGCAGCAUCGGUCUUUGACUUUGUAGGAUGUGGCAGGUUGAAAAAAGGGUAACAUUUGCUGCGUGAAUUAAUGAAACUAAACACUACAGUUGAUACAAGGUCUUCUCAUGAGUCUGUAGAGCCUUAAUAAUUGUGAUUCUUUCCAGUCACUGUACUCUAAAGUUUCUAUUGGCCUUUUAACUUUUUAGCAGGGUGCUAGACAAAUCCGCAUUAACUGUGUUUGUUACGGCUUUGAAACAUAAUAGACAAUAGUUUUGUACUGUGUGGACACUGUACUAUAGUUGUUUAAGUGCAAAGAGUUGGAAUCAUGCGGUCAUUGCAGGAGCUCGAUGGCUAGAUUUUUGGUCACAUAAGUAUGUAUCGUUUUUUCCUCUGUUUUAAGGAGAGUGCAUGUACUUGUACAACUAUCUUUAUGAGGACCAAUUUGAGUUUCAGACAAUCAGAGCGAGGACAUGUUGGGAAAGUGAGCACAUUUGUGGCCCGGUCGUCGUUUUCUCGCAUCCCUUUCGAAGAGGUGUUUGAGGGCGAAGGCUCGGCUUUAGAGUUUAGGCACUUGUUUGCGAUGUUUAUGGUCAGAGUAAAGGGCUAGGAAAUGCAUUAUGUCAAUGAAUGUCCUCACAAAGAUAGCCAUAUAAAUGUGUGCGCGUGCUGCACCUGUACAUUUGAUACUAGUGGUAAUUAUGUAAUAUGAAAAUACUAUUAAAAAAAAAAAAAUCUGUUGAUUAGAGGAAACUACAACAUUUGAAACUGCCAAACGGCCCACCCCCUCAUAAGGCCUCAUGUUAAAGAUCAUCCAGUCAGUCUGCUGCUUUAGUUUAGUCUCACCACAAAGGCAUCGCUCACUAUUUUGGCAGUAACGAAACACAACACCACAGCCUUGAUGUACCUUCGAGGCAGCAGUUUGUAGACGCUGUUACGUUUCAUAAAUGUUACAAACCACUUACCUCUGCUGCACUCACAGAUUACAAGUUCUCACGAACAAUGAACUUUAACGAUCAGAUGUGAAGUAGAGGUGCAAUAAUCAACAGUGAGACAUACUACGUGGUAAUAUGCAUACAUCGAUAGCAGCGAGGAGAGCUGGGGAAAGGAAAGCUGCUAUUCCUUUAUGUCAGUUCGCCUCUUUGCUGCGUCUGUCAUGAUUUAGUCUGCUUCUGUGUUACAUUUCAGAGCCUAAAAGCUGCACAAACCUCACCUGCUGAGUGUAGCUCUUUGGGUCUAAAGGACAAACCGUUCUGAAUAGGAAACAUACACCUCUGUACCUCAGUAUUCAAACAAUCCUCAGUAAUCCAGUUGGAACAUUAUCCAUUCAUACUUCAUAUAUUACUUCAUAUAUUUUUUUUUGCUGUUAUGUGUAAUGUUUUUUUUUUUUUUUUUGAGCAACAAAGCUGCCAAAUGCCUGUUGUGAAUCAAGUCUUUCUUCCUCCAAAACCUCAUUAGUGUUUCUUUAGGUACCACAACACUGUGGAAACAUCAGACUUCCAUACAAGCAAACAGUUGGUGCAUAAAGUGUGUUUCUUUUUUUAUUACUUCCUCUUCAUUUUUCCUUUUGUUUUGCUCGGUUGUUUGUGAUCCUCAUCAUUUCUGUUCUCUGUUACCUCUUCCUGGCGGUCACUAGCUUUUCUUUAUAUAACUCGUCUGUAAUUGAAGAAAUGCAGUAAUAGAAAUGUCUAAUAUACUUGUGUAAUGUUACACAGGCAGUGUAGUGGGUCCACACGUAGGUCUCUAGUUUGACAGUGGUAAUGUAAGAUUUUAUUGGCAGCGCAAACACAACUGGCCAGCAGAUUACAUAUAUAUGAAAAAAAAAGGGUAGGGUCAACUAAAAAGCAUGGGCUAUCAGAGUUUUACGUGUACCAGCCACAUAAGCUAACAAUUUAAAUGAUCUCUAAUUACUGUGUCCUUUAUUUAACCGAAUUAACAUCCUUCUUCUCAACAUUUUGUGUUCAGAAAAGCUUCAGGAGACGCUUUGUAUAAAACUAUAAAAGCAGACAAAAUCGCUUACCUAUAGCCUUAACAGCUGAUAUUCAAUUGUGUGAACACCACCUGUGUGAAUAGGAGAAUUGGAGAGGUAAUCCUCGAUGCAUAACUUCAUAUUCUGUACAGCACCAUCUUUAAAUUACCGCUGCAUUUGACCGGACGUAACUGAACCAGUCAAACUAGGGGCCUAUGUCUCUAAACUCGCACAGUCUGGCAAACAAACGAGUCAAUAGCAGAGAGUUUCCCCUCUGGCGGCCAUAUUGGAGGACCUCGGCCUUCUGGGUAACACCCAGUAAACUCAGUAAAGGCUGACUGUGUUUGAGUGCACGAGGCGUAGCUGUUUCACCAGAAGUUUAACAGAAACGUCAAGUUUAGAUAUAUAUAUAUUUUUGACAUGUUUGUAUGUACGCCACCUUGUUAGCUAUAGCAUCUUAGCCUCACCGUCCUUUUUGAAGAAGAGACAAGGACUAAAAGACAGUCACAGCAGUAACCUCAGUCUGAAAAGAAAUCUGCCUUACAUUUACUCAUCGCCGGUAGCAUUGCUGUACACCAGACCAGAAACUGUCCCUAGACUUGGGGCAAAACCAUGUAGGAAGUUCUUCAGCUCUCUACUUGUUAUUUUCUCUCUGGUUUCAGUUUAUCUGAACAGCCUCCUCUGUUGAUUUUAGUCAGCUUCACCCAGUUUCUGGUUAGAACCAGCUGAGAGCUCCUUGUUUUUUUUUUUGUUUCUCUUUUUUUACCUACUGUAGGUAUUCAAAUAGAGAAACAUGACAUAUAUCUGUACAGUUUGUAAUAACGUUUAAUUAACCUGGAAUUGUUUUUAAAAAAUUGUAUUGUUUUUUUGUUUUUUUUUAAUUGUAUCUGUUGGUGAUACUACUGGAAAGAGAACUGUUAAUUAGGUUUACCUGUUCAGAUCUGAAAUAAUAUAUAAAAGUGAAGAAGCUGAAUGAUGAUGUGAAGAGUGAAUAAUGAUGUGGGACGUCUGGAUGGUUGUCUGCCGAGCCGGCGUUCGGCUUGCCAAUUUGUUUUGUCUAUGCAGCAUCACCCGGCUCGCUUGCUCUGACCGCGUCAGACUCUUGAAGGCAAACACUCAGCUGGACUCCCCAAGUCAGCGUUUGCCUACUGUAGCAUUCACAGCCGUGGCCUGCACUCAUUCAGGAACAGCUAAACCUACAGUCGAGCCCCUUGUUACUUUACCGAAACUGUGUAUGUACUACUAACACGACUACUUGUUUUACUUAAUGUAAUUAUUAGUUCUUUUUUUUUUUUGCUGUUGUUGGACAAGCUGCUUCCCUGACAGCCAAGAUGGACAAAAUGUCUCAUUUCUCUCCUGCUUGCUCGACACACCAUAUGCAGGUCAUGGUUUCAGAGAGGCACAUUCGAAGCGUAUUUUUAAACCUCGAACUAAACAUCUUUAUACUGAAUUUAUUAUUAACAACAAAUGUAUCGCAUUUACUCAUUAAAACGGUUUAUCGCAUCUUACUCGCCUGUUUCAUUCGGCUUGAAUUUAGCGGUCAGUUGAUUGUAAACAACCUGCCCUCCGAGUCUCAUCUCGUUAGACUCCCGUCUGGCAGAUAAAGCCUCCUUACCCUCCUGUGCGGUGUGCCAUUUCUCUGCUCCCCUGACCUCGUUCUCUGCUUACUGUUUAACUGGUUUGAAAACUACGCAAACAAUAUGUGAAACGGGAUAGCUAAAUAUUAUGAAGCUGGGCCGUGGUUUCCUCGUAGACGGCCAUGGAUCACUUCCAGCAAGAGAAAUGUUUGCCAGCGCAUGUAAUCAUUACUAAUUGUUGUGAAGGACUUGUUUUAUUUCUUUGUACAUCUCAACCUGACUUUCUUUCUACCCUCUGUCCCGCGUGUCCCGGGAGCCCUGGAUUCAUGCAUAUUUGUGACUCUCUUGACUGUAGGCAUCAUGUUUUGACAGCAGCAGUAAUCCGUUGUUUAAUGUUUUCGCCGGUCAUUCUUAUUCUUAUUCAUGAUUCUGUAUGGCCUUGUCGCAGCCUUACACAACGAAAUGCACAGCAUAUGAGUGAUGUUUCAGUGCAGGGCUCUGCUAAGCUUUCCUCCUCUUAACCUCCAGUAAGGUCGCUGCAGUUAAACCUCUAUUGCCUCUGUUCACUUAAAGCUUCUGUCCGUCUGUCCCACACACCUCCACCUUUUUAUACGAACGCCUAGUUCAGUUUUACAAAAUGUUAUGAGAAGGCCAGUGACAUCACAUGAUCUGAAAUUAAGACAUGCUGCUAGAAGAAAAUGUAAUUUUUGUGUUUUUUUUUUUUUGUUUUGUUUUGUUUUUUGUCGUAAAAUUUUAAUCUGUAUCAAAAGAGGCACAUUUUUUUUUCUAUUAAACCAACAAUAAAGGUGUAAUAUGACAACCCGU